UAUGCCAGUCAUAGCAGCAGGAAUGGACUUCCUGGGAAUGAAAGUCAUUGGUGAGCUGCUACGAAUGUCGGGUGCCUUUUUCAUGCAGCGUACCUUUGGUGGCAAUAAACUCUACUGGGCUGUAUUCUCUGAAUAUGUAAAAACUAUGCUACGGAAUGGUUAUGCUCCUGUUGAAUUUUUCCUCGAAGGGACAAGAAGCCGCUCUGCCAAGACAUUGACUCCUAAAUUUGGUCUUCUGAAUAUUGUAAUGGAGCCAUUUUUUAAAAGAGAAGUUUUUGAUACCUACCUUGUUCCAAUUAGCAUCAGUUAUGAUAAGAUACUGGAAGAAAGUCUUUAUGUAUAUGAGCUUCUAGGGGUUCCUAAGCCAAAAGAAUCUACAAGUGGACUGUUGAAAGCCAGAAGGAUUCUCUAUGAAAAUUUUGGAAGCAUCCAUGUCUACUUUGGAGACCCUGUGUCACUUCGAUCUCUGGCAGCUAGGAGGAUGAAUCGGAGCCGGUAUAACUUGGUUCCAAGAUACAUUCCUCAGAAGCAGUCUGCGGACAUGCAUGCCUUUAUCACUGAAGUUGCCUACAAAAUGCAGCUUCUGCAAAUUGAAAACCUAGUUCUGAGCCCCUGGUCCCUAACAGUUGCUGUUCUACUUCAGAACCAGCCAUCCAUGGACUUUGAUGCUCUGGUGGAAAAGACGUUAUGGCUGAAAGGCUUAGCCCAGGUGUUCGGAGGGUUUCUUGUUUGGCCCGACAACGAACCUGCUGAAGAAGUGGUCCAGUCCAGCAUUCUUCUGCAUUCCAACAUUGCCACUCUUGUCAGAGACCAGGUGAUUCUGAAAGUGGAUGCCGGAGACUCAGAAGUGGUUGAUGGACUUAUUUUCCAGCACGUCACUCUCCUUAUGUGCUCCGCUUAUAGGAACCAGCUGCUCAACAUUUUUGUCCGUCCAUCCUUAGUAGCUAUAGCAUUGCAGAUGACACCUGGGUUCAGGAAAGAGGACAUCUACAGUUGCUUCAGUUUCCUACAUGAUGUUUUUUCAGAUGAGUUCAUCUUCCUUCCAGGAAACAUGUUAAAGGACUUUGAAGAAGGCUGUUACCUGCUUUGUAAAAGCGAGACCAUACAAGUGACUACGAGGGACAUCCUAGUUACAGAGAAAGGAAAUACUGUGUUGGAAUUUUUAAUAGGACUCUUUAAGCCUUUUGUGGAAUGUUAUCAGAUAAUUUGCAAAUACCUCUUGAGUGAAGAAGAGGACUACUUCAGUGAGAAACAGUACUUGGCUGCAGUCAGAAAAUUCACAAGUCAGCUUCUUGAUCAAGGUGCCUCUCAGUGUUAUGAUGUAUUAUCUUCUGAUGUGCAGAAAAAUGCCUUAGCAGCUUUUGUGAGGCUUGGUGUGGUAUGGAAGAAGAAGGUAAAUAAUGAAUGUAUAUUUAAUGUGAAUGAACCUGCCAUAACCAAAUUAGAAGAAAUGCUUGGUGGUAAGAUGCCAAUAGGAAAACUGGCCACUGAAAAACUGUAAUAAUUACCAACUAGUUAAUGGAAAAUUUGGUCAUGUAAUUGCUGGCAAAGGACUCUUACUACAACAAACAGGGAAGCAGAGGAAGAGACACAUCUUCUUGUUCUUCACGAGGCUUUGAGGGCAGUGGACUUAGCAGAGGAAGAAGAUCGUUGUAAACAGUCCAUGUGAUCUUCCCCACCACAGUGGUCAAAAGGCAUUUGUAUACAAUACUGUGUACUUUAAAAGACAAAAAUCUUUUGGAAACAUGUU